AUGGUGACAACGAGAAGGAGGGCUGCAACGACAGCGAAGCAAGAAGGGGAUCUCUCAACGUCGGCUACCCAGAGCAAACCAGAGAAUGUACCAGUAAUGCCGGUAGCACGCCAAGCCUCUGCCCAACAAGCCUUGUCUUCUGUAAAGGAGGAUCAACAAGAAAAAAUGUCUUCAGCUUCUUCAACCCAGGGCGAUCAGGCUCGAGCCUUUGAGGUGAUCCAUCAAUUAUUGCAGGAUGCUGCCAUUACAACCACCAUGACCAAAGCAGGCUGGUGCCUACGACAAGGCAUGAUUCACAUCACGACAGUCGACAAUGGACGAUUGUUCAAUUUGGUACAAGAACAAGGACCUCCUUCGUUUUAUCACUCGCUUCAGACGUCAUGCCGGCAUGAACCCACCGACAAUAUCAAAGCGCCCGACACGUGCUUUCAGUCCCUCUGUCGCAUCAUUGCGGGUCAACAACUGGCUGGAAAAGCCGCUCAAUCGAUCUGGAAGCGAUUGCUGGAAACGGUACAGCACAAUCUGACUCCAUCCACGGUACUCCAAAAGGCAGCAGGAGGCAGAGACUUGGAAGACAGACUGCAAAAACCAGCGGGGCUUUCACGGGCCAAGGCUCGGUCUGUUUUGGAUUUGGCACAACGAUUCGAACAACAAGAAUUGUCCGAAGACCUGCUCCUGGAUCCAAACAAAACGGAGGACGAAAUACGACAAGCCUUGCUGAAAGUCAAAGGUCUGGGACCGUGGUCUUGUGACAUGUUCAUCAUGUUCCAUUUGGAGAAACCCAACGUAUUCCCAUUUGGUGAUUUGGGAGUACGAAAGGGAGUAGCCAAAGUCUUUGAAAUCAAAAAUGGCAAGGGAAAACAUGGCUCCCUCUGUCAAAAGAAGGAUUUGGACCGAUGCCUCAAAUCUGUGGAACCCUAUCACCCUUACCAAAGCUUGAUGACCUACUACAUGUGGAGAGCCGCCGAUAUCAAGGAUGUGUACGGGGAUGACAGUUCGAAAAACAAAAGCACAGCGAGCAGCAAGGAGGCAGCAAACAACAACGAAGAGGAAUUCGCUUCUGCAACAACCGAAGAGACGCCAGCAGUGUCUCGAAAGCGAAAAGCACGGACAGUAACUCCGUAG